GUGUGGAGCGUUUUCGCGUAGGGUACGGUCGACAAGGCAAGGAAUCGAAUCGAGCGACUGCCGCCGUUGGGUUGGCUCUCGGCCGCGCGCGCUCGCUCCCUCUCUCUCCCUCUCUCUCUCUCUCUCUCUCUCUAUCUCUCUCUCUGACACACAGUGGUGACCGACCGCCUGCGUCCGUCCGUCAUAUUCCCGUCGUUUGAACUUGAGAGAGACCCAAGCCGGAGCGGGCGGUGCGACGCGCGAGGAAGGUGCACCAUCGGACGUCCCCGAGAGGCCUGCCAGACCCGACCGGCCGGCCAUGGAGAAGCGGAUAGAGCUCGAGAAACGGGGAAGGGACCCCGGCGAAAUCAGAGAAUUCGUAUUGGACAACUGUCGGAGUACGAACAUUGUGGGCCUGACGGAUGAGUUCGUCUCAUUGGAAGUGCUGAGUUUAAUCAACGUGGGUCUUACCAGUCUGAAAGGAUUUCCUAAACUACCAAAUCUCAAGAAGUUGGAGUUAAGCGACAACCGAAUCUCCGGUGGCUUAAAUUUACUUCACACGAGCCCUAAACUAACUACUCUCAACCUCAGUGGAAACAAAAUCAAGGAUCUUGUUACGUUACAACCCUUGAAUGAAUUUAAGAAUUUAAAGUGCUUGGACCUGUUCAACAAUGAAGCUACAAGUAUGGACAAUUACAGAGAGAAGGUGUUCAGUCUCAUUCCCAGCUUACGAUACCUCGACGGAUUCGACAUGGAUGACUGCGAGCUGGAAGACAGCGAAGGCGAGGACGACGAAGUAAAUGGAAACGAGGACGAAGAAGAUAUUGCAAACGACGAGGACAGUGAAGAAGUUUCAGACGAAGAGGAUGAAGACGAUAUGGAUGACGGAAGAGUUUGCUUAGAGACCGUAUAUAAAGAUGAUCUUGAAGACGACAGCGAUGAGGCAGAUUAUUUAGGCGAGGAGGAGGAAGAAGACGACGAUGACGAUAACGACGACGACGAACAGGAAGAAGAGGAAGAGGAAUCGUCCCCUGCACGAGGCAAGAAGAGAAAACACGAGGAUGGCGGUGAAUCGGGGAAUUAGAGAGUCCUCGCACGAUUUUUUGACGCUGUUGAAUGAGUGUAAAAUUCGUAUAAAUAAUAACAAUAAUUGCGCCGCCGAGUGAACAGCUGGGAAUCAAACUAAUUGACCGACCAAUGACAGACUGCAGUUAGUGGUGUGAAACUUAUCAGUAAAUCAUUGACUGAGAAAAUUGUCUGUGGAGCAACAAUCGAUUAAGUAUAGAAGGAGGGAGGAAGAUGACGUGGGACAAUGAAUGGGAAAUGAAUUAAAGAUGGCAUAAAUAGGGCCGCAUUCCAGCUAGACCCAACACGUUUUAGUUAUACUAACAAUAUUUUAUAUAGAGUAUAUAGUUAGAGAAUUAGAGGUGUUGCAUAGAGUGUGUGCAAGGGAAAUCGGAAUAUUAAAGGACGCGGAUGGAGAUAGCGGGGUUUUACACUCGAAGGAGCGUAUUUGUCUGUUAGCUCCGGUCGGCCAAAGGCUGGUCAUGCUGGAAUGCAGCCGUCGUUAAUCAGUACUAAGGUUACAUAAGUUACAUUUUAAAUACAUUAUUAUUGUACCAUUAAUAAGUAUAGAGUAAACGAGGAACAACUUUUGUACAGGUUUACACCAUACAAUGAUAUGCGUCGAAGUCAGCCUGACUUUUGGGGCAGAAAGUAGAGGAACAAAGCCGAAGAGUUCAAUCGAACGGUUGGAAAGUGUCAAAAGUAUCGAUCGAUGACACUAUUUGUAUUAAAUUCUGGCAGGCUCUACCAUGACGUUAAGUGAGAAAUAUCCUGAGAUUAAAAAACAAAAAGUUGAUUCUGAUUUAUUUUGGGUCUACGAUGUGAGUGUCGAGUGUAAUUUUAUCGGUUAGAAAGAUCUCGUCGUACUUAACGCAUUAAUUCCUCCGAAGUGAAGAGAAGACUCGAUGGAGAACUAAAAAGUGAAUGGCUGGAGAAAAUUGAACAUUCGACGGAGAACAGUUUCCCUUUAGUUUCUGUGCCCGAAGUCACCCAAAGCGCUGGCACGUCUCACCGUGGAAAAAGAAAGAAAAAGCGAAAAGAGAAAAAGAAAACGCAUAAAGAUAAUGGAUAACGAUCAUUAUAAUUACUAUUAAAUUACGAUUACUAUGAUUUAAAGAAACAUCAGAUAUUCGCACCUGUGCUUUCGCACGAUUAAAGUAAUGUUAAAGUCAGGAUGGAAACCGUAGAUUAGGGAGGAGCGACGUAUGAGAGAGUUAAUGUCAAGAGUGCGAACAACCCAUGGCAGGUCUGGUGACGGUUAAGAUGACAGCUGACAGCUGACGGCGGGACUGCGACCGAUGGACGGACCGACUUUGAAUUCGACUGUAACGAGAGUACGAAUGGAGUGAGAUAGAGUGAGAGAGAGAGAGAGGAUUGGUUUUGUAAUAAAAAUAAAGAGGAAAAAAAGAACAAUCACGAUAGAGUCGAGGACCUGGCGCCACCUUGCCGCCAGAUUGGUUAUGGCCUUAUCCAAUUUUUCCAAGACUUUAAAAAAAAGCAAAUUUAUAUUAGGUACAAUGAGUAAACGAUGAGUGUACAGGUCCAUGUCUGUAAAUUCCCGGAGAAAUUGCAAGUCGUAAUUGCGGCUCGUGCGGAAACGACGACCGUUGUCGAUUAUUCAGGUAUAUAAAUAAAUGGAGGAAUAAAAAAGGGGGAGAUGUCGAAAUUAAACGUAAAAAAAUGAGAAAUUAAGCAAUUCCGCGCGCUCCGCGACCACGCGAGCUCUUCUGUCAAUUGUGAUUUUUGGUAGACCGUUUAAUUAAGGAGAAACAGUUUUGUCCAACCUUAUAUACUACUUGAUACAUUAUAACCGUAUAUUGCCUGUCCGUUCUGUUGUUAACGUGAACUUUUUAUCGUGGCGUUUGUUUAUUUUGAGCGAUCCUCAUCACAAAAUAAGAAGAAAUAAUUUAUUAAUAAAACCAUUUACAAAUCAA